AAGGGGGCGAUUUGUGAAACUCUCGCGAGAUGUUGACCUGGCGAGAGUUCGUCUCCGGCUGAUCCAACCGAACAGCGUCUCACCUGCCAGGUAACUUCUGACUUCCAACAGUGGGAAACAACUAACUAAACCAGACAACUUUCAGGCAAAGUUGGAUGUAUUUUGGUGAUGUGUCCGAAGUAAAAGCAGAGAAAUCAACAGAUGUGUCCAAAAAUGACUUUUAGCAAGUGGAAGCAGCUUUGCUAACAGUCAGACUCUUGACAGUAGAACAUCAAUUGACUGAAAAAAGGAGAAAAUUGGAUUUAAAAACUCAAAUUGGAUUAGAAUGUCUGGCCAAAGUGGUUUAAUCUCUGAACUGACUGAAGAGGCGGCACCUUCACCUGCUGGUCCGACUGCAGAAGCUCAAACAGCAGGAAGUGAAAAGCCAAAUGAGAGCAACAGCAUAGAGGAUGGAAAGACAUUUGAAGACAAAGAAGUAAAGGAGAAGGAGGAGGAUCAAGAGGAGGUAGAAGAGGAAGUGAGCGCCUCAGCUCUUUUGGAGCCGAGCACUCUGCCGUGGCCGGGAGAUAAAGACAAGAGGCCGCAGACAGACAACGAUGAUGAAAUCCGCACAGAAAAAGGAGCUUCAGAGCCUGAAGAGAAGGACGCAGGGAUAAAUGGAGGAAGCCAGGAUACGUCCGACGAGCAGAGCCAGGCAGAGAGCGACAGAAAGGGCAUAGCCAAAUGGAGAGAGAGCAUGCCUGAGGGCGAGAGGUGGAGGGACGAUGAGAUCGAGGUGCAGCGGGACGGGAAAGGGGACGGUUCACUGGCAGAUGAUGAAGAUGAGGAGGAGGAGGAGGAGGAAGAUGGAGAGUCAGAUUGGAUUUCAGAGAAAGCUGCUCCGGGUUUCACUCCAAAAGUCACGAUUGUGCGUCCGUCAAGCAAAGAGCUUCCUGAGGAGAGCGCGUUCUUUAUAGAAAAAGACAUAGAGAAGGAGCCGCAGAUGGAGCCCAACUCUGCAGCGCAGUUUUACCCCGACUGGACAGAACAGGACGACAAGUAUUACCUGUGUGAGCAUGUGUGCAGUGAAAGGCUGAGGCUGGUUCUGGCGGUGGUGGCUGCAGGGCUCCUCUUUCCUCUCCUGGUGUGGGGAGGUUACGCCUUCCUCCCCUUUGAUUCGCCAAUGCUGGAGAGCACCCCCCUCAGGGUGGUGUACACAUUACGCUGCUCCUUCUUCGCUACCAUCCCCAUCAUGCUCGGUUUGCUGGUGCAGGGCGUGGCCAGGCUGCGCUACAGUUCGCUGACACCCCUCUAUCAGAGCAAACUGGUGAACAGAGAGGUGGCGGUGCACUGGCACUACAUCAACGAAUCGCUGGCCCUCUUCCUCUUCUACUUCCUGCAGCUCGCCGUCAUGGCAACAUACAUCAGCCAGGACCUGGUCAAGCUGGUGCCGCUGCUCACCAUCAUAUUUGUUUUCGGCAGGCUGAUCUACUGGCUCUGCCUCUCACUGGGCAGCAGCAUCAGGGGCCUCGGCUUCGGCUUCUCGUUCUUCCCCAUACUGGUCAUGCUGGGCGCCAACCUCUACUACGUCUGCGCGUCAGUCGGACAAGGAGCGGUUUUUGACGUGGGACCGCCCACGAAAGCUCCUACUCCCAGGCUACGCUGGUGGAAUUAAAGGAGUGAGGAGAGACAAAACAGCUGCAAAACACCGUCAAAUAUCAUAACAAAACAUCACAUCUCAGGCUCGGUCUUUUGGUGUCCGUUUUUAGAGAGAAAUCAAUAACAUGCAGCAGGUUGUGAGGGUGUUGGAAGCUUCUUCUCUGUAUUAAAAAGUGCAGACCGACAUCAAUAUUCACAUGAGAGGUGAGCGAGGAAAUUGGAAAAGUUUACUUACAUCAAAUUAAAACUCUACAGAGAGAUGUGGCCUGAAACAUGAGCUCUUUUUUACAAUGUGCGUUCGCUAAUUUUGUACCAUUUAUCUUCCAUUAUAAACCUUUAAAUUGUGUUAACCUUCAUCUUAUCAGUGAGCUGAAGAAAUCCACUUUAGAGAGUUUCAGUUUGAGUGUUCGGAUGUGUUGCAGCAGAACACAGAAAUGGAAAAAUUGAACAUGAAACUUUCAGCUAUAAGCACAAAAAAGAUGUGGAUACUGAAUGUACCUUUAAGAUAAAAUAUUAAGGGUAAUAUUGUAUGCAGCACCUUGUUUACUGUACAUUUUAGCAGGAGUAACAAGAAAUGCAUGAAGCUUCUUUUUCUUUUACUAUGAAGUUGAAUUAUUAACAUUAAGUUGUUUUAUGAAUUAUUUCUUUUUUUAUAUUGUCAACAGAAAACUGACAUUUAAAGGUAAAAAUUUACAACCAAGACUGUAAAAUGUAAUUUUCUUUAUUUUAUAGCAGCAGAAACUGCUGGGUUAUGUUUAGAUUUAGUCUCUUUUAUUUCUUUUGAAGGAUCUUUUUCAGUGAAUGAAUGAAUGAAUGAGUAUUUAAAGUAAAUAUAAUCAAUAUUUGGGGGCUUGAAGGAGUUCAAUAAAGCUUCAUUACCAAAUACAAUA